UUUUCUCUUCACUGUCCAUUAAUCUGUAAAUAAUCUGGAUUAACUGUCGGUCAAAUUUAGGACAGGUCUGUGUUUUUGAAUGUGGGUGAGGACAAGGUGAGCAGCUGGUUUCUGGUCCUGGUCCAGAUGAAAGCUUGUAAAUCCUGUGUGUGUGUCUCACUGUUUAGAGUAUACACAGUGAGAGUAAGGUGGUGGGCGUGGCCUCAGCUGACUCAGGAUCUUCAGCGACUCCAUCAAGGUCAUUUUUCCCGUCUUUUCCUGGAACUACAGAAACUGACCCUGUGAAUUUUCUUUAAAGACUGUCGUCUAGAGUUUUUCAUCUGUUGGUUCUGACAUGAAUAAGUUCAGGACAUUUUUCUCACUCAUUUUAUUCAACUUUUCACUUCGAGGCGCCCUCUGCAGACUCCAGAUUUUUUCUCUUGACCCUCAGGUCAAAGCUCAGGUGGGCUCUAAUGUGACCUUGAGCAUGACUUUCAGUGGAGCCCCCGACCCGGUGGUCACCUGGUUCCGAGAAGACCUUCCAGUCCUGACGUGGACCGUGGGCUCUGGGGAGGCCCCUGAUGUGGCUGUUGACCACAGGGGGGUGCUGGAGAUUGAGGGAGAGGGUUCAUUAAAGUUCGUCAAUGUUCCGCUGAACUACGGUGGAAACUACAAAGUGGAACUGACCAAGUCUGGACUGGACAAAGCUGAGAGCACUUUCACUCUGACUGUGUUCGAAAUCUUCCAGGAGGUGUCGCUUUUGUUGAGACCUGACCCGGUGUCUGAGGGCGACACUGAGAGUUUCAGUCUGGUCUACAGCAUGUCAGCAGGAGUGGUGGAGCAGCAGACCUGGUUCUUCAACGGCUCACAGAUCUUCCUGACCAACUCUCAUUAUUCCUUGGACCAGAAGAACCUGGUGGUCCACGAUCCGACCCGUCAGGACACUGGACAGUACUCUGUGAGGCUGACCAACCCCUUCAGCCAAGCAGACGCCCACCUCAACGUCACUGUGCUGUAUGGACCAGACGAGCCCACACUGCAGCUUCAACCAUCUCCACCCUUCUUCAUACCAGGCGACGCCUUCAGCCUCAGGUGUUGGGCCGACGGUUUCCCACCACCGACCGUCCACUGGAACUUUAAAGGUCAGACUGUGUCUGAGUCAGAGAGUGGAGUCUUGAACCGGACACACCUGCAGAGCAGUGAUGGAGGCCUUUACACCUGCACCGUCACCAACCCCCACACAGGGAGAACCAGUGACAAGAGUUUGACCAUAAAGGUGUAUGAGAAACCUCCCGGUGAAGCGUCUUGCUCAGUACGUUCAGCCAAUGAUCACGUGGAUCUGCAGUACCUGUGUGAGUGGACAGGGGGCAUUCCUUGGGCCCAGCUGUCUUUCCAAGCACAGAGCACCAGUUUUAACGUCAGCAUUGUUGGAUCAGGAAUCUUUGGUUUGACCCUCGCUGCCUCCGAUGAUCUGAACGGGAACCCGGUCACAUGUUUGGCGGUCCAUCCGGUCCAGAACAGCAGCUGCAGCGCCACCGCAGUUUCUCCUCUGAACUUCCUGCCGACUGUCACAACCACCGUUGAUAAUGUAGGCAGAAUCCAGGUGACUGUUGACUGCCUGUGCCAGGCCACGCCCACACCAGUGAUGUCAUGGACCAGAGGCACUGAGGUCAUCACCAAUGGGACAAAUUCCCACAUCAGUGACGACGGCCUUCGUCUCCAGAUUAGAUCCUACAACGUCAGUGACCUGCUGCAGCAGACAUACACCUGCUCCUGCCGCAAUCCUCUGGGCAGCCAGAAGAGGGAGGUGCAGCUUCUAGGUCCGACCAUCUCAGCUUCCAGUCUGUUCCCUAAUCCUGAUGGAAGUGUGCUCACGUUGACCUGGGAAGUCCCGCCCAACGCCGUGGUCACAGGCUUUGACGUCCAAAUGAAAGGCCCAAAAAUACCAGGUCAAAAUCUAAUCGUCGGCCCAGGUUCGUCAAACGACUACUACACCAUCCUACGGAAACCCGGUUCUGCUCGCAGCGCAGAUAUCUCUAACCUCGACCCAAAGAGGACAUACCGUUUCAGGGUCAUUCCCAAAGCUCGGACCACUGAAGGAGAACCGUCUGAAGUCCACAGGAUCGGUCCAGGUGACGGUCUGAGUGGUUCUGCUGUGGCCGGUAUCGCUGCUGGAAUCCCCUGCAGUAUCCUGGUUCUCCUCCUCCUCUGUGGACUCCUGCUCUUCCUCUGGUUCUACUGCAACAACAACAAAAGUCGACAGGCCAGAUAUCCAGUGUCCAGAGCUGUGGAGAAGACCAUCACUGCUCCCACCGACACGUCUGCUCAUCAGUUAAGAACGGCUGGAUUCAAAUUUCCUCCAGAUUAUAACCGAUUACAUCAGGCUGCGUCGGAUCUGUCACUAGCCCCGCCCACAUUUGUCCCUCCACUUCCUGUCAGAGUUGCUACAACGGUCUGAACUUCCUGUUUUACUGUUUUUACACUUUUCUUUACUGUAAUCUUUUAUAUUGGUUUGUAUGACUUUUGUGAAUAUGAUUUACACGAAACUUUAAAAAUCUUUACA